ACGUUGGGAGGAAGAAAGGAAUGGGGCUUUGAGGGGCGGAUGAGCACCAGACCCGGUAGGCUGUAUGCACCACCAGUGUUAUCUCUGUUCCCGGGCCAGGCAGACGGUGCACUAGAGGAGAUGCGGUAGUGGAAGCUGCUGAUGCUGCUGUCUGAUCAGCUGUUAUUUGUGUCUUGAGCAUCAUCACCGUGACGGCCAGAGACAUCAAGAUCCAGCUCCGGAGCCAGGGAAACUGCAGAACGGUUAACAGAGGAUGGAGUUCAAGCAUCUGGUGGAGGCGGCGGAGAAGUGGUGCUCCGGUAACCCGUUCGACCUCAUCUUUGCCGAGGAGGACGACGAGAGGCGGAUGGACUUUUACGCAGAGCCCGGCGUCUCCUUCUACGUGCUGUGUCCCGGCGGCACCGACAGUUUCCAUGUGUGGAGUGAGAGUGAGGACUGCCUCCCCUUCCUACAGCUGGCCCAGGACUACAUCUCCUCCUGCGGGAAGAAGACUCUACAGGAGGUGCUGGAGAAGGUCUUCAUGUCCUUCAGGCCUCUGCUGGGUCUUCCAGACAUAGAAGAUGACAGUUUUGAGCAUUACCACACUGACAUGGAGGGGGAACCAGGGCCCGACCACCAGCAGAUGGGGGUCAGCCAGCAGUGAUGAGCCCAGAGAGGAGGCCUGCAGCUGGGGCAGAGUUGCUCCGAAGCCCUGGGCAUCAACUCAUCAGCCCAAACACACAUACUUACAGCCAACUUGCUAAAAAUGCACAACCAUCUUCUUGAAUGUCUCAGUGGCUUUGCUUCCCAAAGAGUGCACAGGGUUGCACUUUGAUGACCCCCACCCAGCACACACAUACACACACUGGGGCUAUGUGAGCAGUAGGCAUUUUACAAUGCAAUUAUCAUAAUCAUUCACCAUCUGGUUAGUUAAACUUCCAAAGCACAGCAAUAUUACAUCUGCCUCAGCUGGCUUUGUUAUGCAGAAGUACAGUCAGAAGUUACUGCAAUACACACUUUCCCCGUGGCGCUGCAGAUGAACGUGACAGAUAACCUACUUUCUCUGCCUGUUGACACAUAUGCUUCACAAGAGCUAGAUGAUGGGUGAAAACUGACAGUUUGUGGUUACGUGAGGUAACUGGAGUGACGCAAGGAGGCAAGGAGGAGUGUGCUAGUAAGAAAGAGCAGCAGGCUAUAACUUGCACUUUGUGGAGAGAAAGACAGAGGGAACAUAAGGGUUCAGGAAGGGUAGCUGUACUGCAGAUUCAGGUGGGGAAGCUCUCAACCCAUCUUGUUUUAGUUAAAAUAGUCAUAUAGAUUACAGUCAGACGCAUUUCACAGACUCACUCCUCAUGUGGAAAUCAAAGUAUGCAGCUUUACAGUAGCAUGGAUCAUAUUUUUGGAGGUGUUUCUCUUAAUGUUUCUAAGACAGCACACCUCAAAGAGUUAAAUGUGAGGACAUUUUCAGUCAAUGUUGCUAUCAUAUGACACCACAACAAAGGCCCAUGCUGCAGCCUAGCCCUUCCUGGUUUGGGUGACUCACCCUUAGCUCUUCUCUCCUGUAGUCUUCCUGGUUGUUGGUGAUUCACGGCUCCUGAUGAGAUGCUUUAUAGCCAAAAUCUCUUUUGCAUGUGUUGUUUUGAAUUGAUCUGCUUCUUUCAUGGUUUCUCUUAGCCAUGAACCUAACAAGUGCACACCCAACCCCCCCCAAGUAAUAUCACAGGGAAGAGAAAAUAUUGACCCACAACCCUCUGCCUUCCCUGUUAUAUCUGAUCUCACAGUGUUGUAUGCCACAUGCUGUGCUUCAGCCUUCAACCCCACCAUUCGCAACCACUUGAUCCACAUGCAAGACUGUUUCAGAGGUUUAUCCUUACUUACUUUAGCUUAUUAUAACUGUUACAGUGUGUCUUUUUAUUGCCUACUUGAAUGUUUCUCAUACAGUGUAUCUUCUGUUUGUCCUCCCAUGUGUGUGGAAUUGUUCAAUAAACUGUGCGAACAGAGUGUUC